CCCUUCUCAUGGUCCCCCUCCCGGCAUUUCAAUGAGGGAAUCUGUUCUCCAUCGUUACGGAGCAUGAAGGGACUGACAACGAGCCGUACCCACCCCCAGCUGAGCUCGGCACACACGUGCGGGCUGCUGACGGACGAGUGUGACCACUUGCACGACCACGCUCACCAUGGGUUGGACUCGCGGCAGUCGUACCUGCUCAGCCCCAGCGACAGCUGCCCGAUGGAUCAUCACGGCUGCUCUCCGCGGAGCUCCAUCCACUCCGAGUGCAUGGUGCCCAUGGUGUCUGGAGAGCACGUGUCCAGCAGCACCUUCCCACGGAUGCACUACACCUCGCACUAUGACUCCAGGGACGACUGUGCCAGCGUGUCCCACACCAGCAGCAAGAUCAACCGCAUCCCCGCCAACCUGCUGGACCAGUUUGAGAAACAGCUGCCCCUGCAUCGUGACGGCUUCCACACGCUGCAGUACCAGCGAGCCUCGGCCAACGCAGAGCAGCGCAGCGAGAGUCCGGGCAGGAUCCGCCACCUGGUGCACUCGGUACAGAAGCUCUUCACCAAAUCCCACUCGCUGGAGGGCUCCUCCAAAGGGAAUGUCAACGGCACCAAAGGGGACGACCACCACCACUCCGCGCACCACCAUCCCAAGCACGGCAAGCGGAGCAAAAGCAAGGAGAGGAAGCCUGAAGUCAAGCAUAAGUCGGCCAUGAGCACCUGGUGGAGCUCGGACGACAACCUGGACAGUGACAGCACUUACCGCACUGCCAGUGCCAUGAGCAAGCAUCACAUGGACCACAUCUCACAGUACUACCCCGACACCAGUCACGGCCCCUUCACUGACCUCACCCUCAAGACAUCCAAGAGCAACAACGAUGUCAAGUGUUCAGCCUGUGAGGGGCUGCCCAUGACACCAGAGGGCAAGUACAUGAAGAGGAGCUCAUGGUCUACGCUGACUGUAAGCCAGGCCAAGGAGGCCUAUCGCAAAUCCUCACUCAACCUGGACAAACCUCUGGUCCAUCAGGAAAUCAAGUCGUCCCUAAGGCCAUGUCACUACUUGCAAGUGCCCCAGGAUGAGUGGGGAGGAUAUCCCCUGGGAGGCAAGGAUGAGGAGAUCCCGUGUCGAAGGAUGAGGAGCGGCAGCUACAUUAAAGCCAUGGGAGACGAUGAGAGCGGGGAGUCGGACACGAGCCCCAAAGACUCACCGAAGGCCACCAGUCUCCACGAAACCCUGAUCAAGGCCGCUGCCGCACACCAAAUGGACAAUCAGAACCAGAACUACCUACAGUCGGCGAUCGAGGUGACCAUCAACCACAGCCUGGAUCCCAGCGGCAACGAGAACUCGCCCAAGUUCCGCUCGAGAAACCAGAGCUACAUGCGGGCGGUCAGCACCCUGAGCCAGGCCAGCUGCAUCAGUCAGGUGAGCGAGGCUGAGGUGAACGGGCAGUUUGAGUCGGUUUGCGAGUCUGUGUUCGGAGAGAUUGAGUCUCAGGCAGUGGAUGCGCUGGACCUGCCGGGCUGCUUCCGCACGCGCAGCCACAGCUACCUGCGCGCAAUCCAGGCCGGGUACUCGCAGGACGACGACUGCAUCCCCUCCAUGUCAGCGGCUAUGAUGGCUUUGACAGUCCGGAGUACAGCAAGCAUAACUUGCACUAGCUACAAGAAGACACCACCACCAGUGCCGCCGCGCACCACGUCCAAGCCGGUCAUCUCAGUGACGGCACAGAGCAGCACGGAAUCGACACAGGACGCCUACCACGAGAACCGUUGCCAGCAGAUCCCGUGGAGCCAGGAGGGCAAAGUGCUGUACAACUCCACCGACAGCCUGGACAGCAGCAAGGCAGUCAACAUGGCCCUGGAGGCUGCAGCGCUGCACCACGCCACCAACAACUGCCGGGGCGCCGUCAUGCUGACCCGAGACAAGGCCAUCCUCACUCUGGACGUGGCCAAAGCUCAGCAACUCCUCAAGAACCGACGCUCCUCCAUCGGCAUCCAGGUGGAUGCGGUGGAGCCGGCCACAGACUCGGACACGGACAGCCGGGGGCUGCGGGAAUAUCACUCCGUGGGAGUGCAGGUGGAAGAUGAGAAACGGCGCGGCCGCUUCAAGCGAUCCAACAGCGUGACGGCCAGCGUUCAGGCGGACCUGGAGUUGGAGGGUUUCCCCGUUCCCAGCAUGGAGGACAAGGGGCAGCAGUUCGGCAACUCGUUCCAGCGACACUCGGAGCCGUGCACGCCCACCCAGUACACGGCGCUCAGGACUGUCCGCACACAGGGGCUGCUCAGCUACCGGGAGGAUUACCGCACGCCCCUGGACACAUCCGCCUUCCCGCCCCCGGAGCCGUGGCUGGAGUCGGUGCCUCCGCCCGAUGCUGGCCGCAUGUCGCCCUGCCGCAGGGACGGCCAGUGGUUCAUGAAGCUGCUGCACGCCGAGACAAAGAGGAUGGAGGGAUGGUGCAAGCAGAUGGAGAGAGAGGCCGAGGAGAAUGACCUGAGUGAGGAAACCUUGGGGAAAAUUCGCAGUGCCGUUGGUAGUGCCCAGCUCCUGAUGUCCCAGAAAUUCCAACAGUUUUACUGGCUCUGCCAACAGAAUCUGGACCCCAGCGCCAUGCCGCGCCCCACAUCCCAGGACCUGGCCGGCUUCUGGGACCUGCUGCAGCUGUCCAUCGAGGACGUCAGCAUGAAGUUUGACGAGCUGCACCAGCUCAAAGCCAACGACUGGAAACCCAUCGAACCGCCCGACAAACAGGAGGAGAGGAAGAUCCCGCCCCCAGUACCAAAGAAGCCGGUGAAGGGGAAGGUGGCCAUCGUGAGGGAGAAGUCUCUCGACCUGCCCGACCGGCAGCGCCAGGAGGCACGCAAGCGGCUGAUGGCCGCUAAACGGGCAGCUUCCUUCCGACAGAACUCUGCAACCGAGCGAGCGGACAGCAUCGAGAUCUACAUCCCCGAGGCCCAGACACGGCUGUGAGCAGCGGCUCUCCUCACCCCCUCACUCCCUCCUGCACCCCACACACUCCCCACACAC